AUGAACCGCUCAAGCGCUAUAAUCUACUUUAAAGAUCUCGGGGUGAGGAACCCCCCUCCCCGAUGGGGCUUCAAAUCGGGCAGCGCCUGCUUCAAGGGCAUCCUCUGGGGAGGGACAAACGUGCAAGGGAAGAGAUCCGGAGCGACCCUGGGACAGCUGAUUGACAGGAGGAAGAACGAGUUAGACCUUUCCGCUAGUGAAGAAGUAAUUCGAAGGUACAAGAGAGCAAACAUAAGGAAAAUACUCAAGGGGGGAACAAAACCGGCAGAGUUGCAACAGGGUGCAAGUGAACAGAGUCGCACUCAACAGGGUGGCAGUCAACGGGAUGGGGCAGGAGAGACGGAGUGCCAUCCAGCGGAACCACCCCAUAUGAUGCGCUCCCCCGUUCAGCUUCCCAACUCAGAGAAAAAAGGCACCGUUCGUGGGGACAACAAAACACUGCAGCGUUACCCAUCGAUGAUUAGCAAAGGCAUGCUUGACGCAGACACAAGAGGAUUACACAGAAGAGACGACAAAGAAGCUGCACAGGACGAACAUGCCAAAGAUGCGGUGGAUAAAUUAUUCACCUCAAGGGAAAAGAAGAAACACCUCAUGAGGAGAAUCAUUUUUAAAAGUUGCCACGAUUAUUUGGAGCUUAUUGACAAACAUGAAGAAGAAAGGGGUAGGGACGAUGAUAAGUUUUAUAAUUGCCUGAACAGUGCAGGUAAAAAUGGGGAUACGUCUUUCAACAGGGAGGGGAAAAUCCAAGCCGAGGGAGAGACCCCCCCAGGUAGUAGUGGUAGCAGUGGUAGCAGUGGUGGCAGUGGUAGUAGUGGUAGCAGAGGUAGUAGUAGUACUCCUCCAAUCGAUGAUGGGUACCUAUUCGAGGUGGAUAAUGAUCCGAGCAGUGACGCGAAUGUGAACGUCGGUUUGGCCCUUCCAAUGGAACAUCCCAGACUGAACGUUUCGAUUUUCUCAGAGGUAGGCAAAAAAGACAUCCUCGAAUCAUGCAAAAGGAGAAGGAACAUGCAAAGCGAAAUCAACAAGAAUAGUGAUGCCAGGAAUAUGUUUAAUAGGGAUAUUUAUUUUUGGCUGAAGCGGAAGGUGCACAGGUCCGUCGGGUGGCAGCUGACCCCGGGCAAUUUGAACAGAGGCGAGGAGGUCAUCGACGUGACGGAGCUCACGUGCGCCGCGGGCCAUGGCCUAGAGGGGGGAUCCCCCCCGGGGGUGCAGUCUGAGGCGGGCGCAGCGGCGGUCCCCAAUCUGGGCGGCAAUUUGGGCGGCAACGCGAUUGGCAACGUGAAUGGCAGCGGGAAUGGCAACGUGAGUGGCAGCGGGAAUGGCAACGUGAAUGGCAACGUAAAUGCCAGUGUUCACGGCGAGGCCGACCGCAGCAUGGAUCAGAUUAUCGCAGAGGAGAUGGCCGCGCCAAAGUUGCUGAGGCCAGGCCAGGGGAAGGACCCCCCCAGGGGGACCUACCUGCAGAGGAGGGCGGCACCGCUCCACUUUUUGAGCAGGCUUAGCAGGAAAGGGGCGGAUAGUCCCCCCAAGGAGAACAGCCAGGAGGGCAGCCAGGAGAGAAGCCAAGAUAGCAGACAGGAGAAUACACAGGAGAGCAAUCAGGGGAGCAACCAAUCGAGCCGCCAACCAGGUGGCCCCACAGAGGCAUACCAAGGCAUCGUGGACAACAGCACGAACAUCUUCAAGCAGAUACGAGAUAACUAUGAGCUAUUCAAAGAAAGAAACCUUUCGCCGAACCUCCUCGAGAGCUGCGAAAAGUACAUCAAUUAUUACUAUGGAAUAGAGAAGGAGGAAAAAAUUAAAGAACUGGAAAAGUAUCUGCAUCUAAAUUUUUACGACAUGGUAAAGGAAGGACACUACACCAUGGAUGAUUAUAAUCGUCUGCUAAAAAGCCAAAUCUUUUUUAACAAAGAAGAAGAAGCAUUUCGCCAUUUCAAUCUCUUUAAGCAGCAUGACCUCAGAGUGAACGUUGAGACGUAUAACUGCUUGAUGUAUGCCUCCAUUAUGCAUAAGAAUGCAAAAUUGGGGAGACUAAUUUAUCUACAAAUGAUAAAAGACGCUGUGAAUCCGAACAAACAUACCUAUUGCAUUUUGAUGAAGGCUCACAUCUUGGAUAAUGACAUUCGAAGUGCCUUCCACCUGUACAGGAAAAUGAUAAAAGAAGAUAUAGAGGUCGACUUACCCGUCUAUUCUACCCUCAUUGAUGGUCUGCUAAAACACAAGCACUAUGAAAGAGCGGAAUCAUUCUUCAAUUACAUCGUUACGUAUAGAAAUGUCACCCCUGAUGAGGUCCUAUACACCAUUAUGAUUAAGAAGUGCGCCUACAAGGGAGAGGCUGAGAAGUGCCUCAAUUUUUAUGACGCCAUGGUCAGUAACCAUAUGAAGGUUACCGACAUAACUCUCAUUGAGAUUAUCAACUGCCUUUCAAAGAGGAGAGAUUACUUCUCUCAGGUGUUCCAUUUUUACAACACCUACUUGGCCAACGAAAUGAGGGUUAACCAUCGAUUGGUGCUGUACUUGAUCGUGGCCUGUUCCAGUACAGGGAAUGUGAAGCGGCUGAAGGAGGUCUUGAAGAGUGCAAAUCGGCACCGAGUUCGCAUCACGGAGGAGAUGUGCUGCUACAUCAUACGUACCUUUGCGAACAACUGCCGGCGGGAAGGCAUCACGCUGGGUGAGCGCCACAACAACAUCCGCUACGCCUGGGCGGUGGUCCAAGAGCUGCUGCGUAGAGGGGGAGAAGCGGUGGGGGCAGUGAGAGCGGCGGAAGAAGCUGUUGUAGACAGGGCAUCAAGUGCAAUGAAUGCUGGGGGCGGUAGCCCAAUUGGUGUUAGUACGACUAGUGGUGGAGCAGCCAAUCCACCCCGCGUUAACACCCCCCACGAUGGAGGAGUCACUCCCCUCCGCAGCGGCACGAAGAUACUAAACAGCAUCGUGCAGUUGUACAUAAACUGCGAUUACCACGACUACGCCAUCAGCAUGCUGAAAUACUACACCCAAUUUGAGUGCCUCCCGGAUGUCUACACCUUCGGAUUACUCUAUAAGCUUCUGUUCUACAAAAUGGAGGACUAUGGACGGGUUCUUUGUCUCUACGAUUACAUGGUGAAUCAGACGGGAGUCAAAGCAGAUGAGAAGACCCUAAACCUGGUUCUCCGUGCAGCCAUCAAAACGAAGUCUUCAAAAAGUACUCUCUAUGUUCUACGCCAGAUGUACACAGCGAAGGUGUACCCCACAGCGAAGACGAUAAAAGAGCUGUUCCAUGUCGGCCGACACAUAACGGACAUACAGAUUCUUAUUAACAAUAUGAUAUCGCAGCAGAAGCGGGAAAUCUAUGAAGAAAAUGUGAAGGAGAGUCAACUGAUUCAACUGAAUAUUGAUGAGUAUGAGUUGAAUCUGUUUCGGGAGGGGAAGACGUUCAGAACCAAGUCUCAGCUGGACCAAGUAAGGGAGCAAUUCUUUAGGAGGAAGGAGCGCGUCGAGAAGGAGAAGCGCAUGUCCAAAGGGAAGAAGUCCUCUGACUGGCUGCCCUACGGCCAAUAUCUGCAGCGCAAGCGCAAGGGCGGCGAGGCCUACGCACAACGGGUGGACCGCCCGAAGCCGCUACCUAUUGGUUAG